GCUUGGUUAGGGCAGUGAGUGACAGCCUGGCCUCCCAGUGUGAGCUGUUGCCUUUCACUACAAUGCAUUGGCAGGCAGGAGAUUUUAGAACAGUCUGUUGCCUCUAGCAACCUGUUUCUGUUCAAUAAAGGCAAACAAGGCUACUGCAAACACUCUAAGGACUUCAGGCAACCAACUCCAAUAAUACAGAAUAAGUGGGAAAAAGAGCAAACACAGAGAUAACGGUAUCAGACGUUUAAUACCUACAAUGUCUAAUCGGCUUAUUGUACCCCCCGGGCCCUCGCUAGCAAAGCUUCCUGUCAUUGAACACCCAUUGUCUCGCCUUGGAGACCCAGACACUUUGUCCCUCAGAGGGGUUUCCAGGUCUGGCAGUGCACAACCUGAAGAAGAAAUACCAUGGACCACAAAGCCUCCACAGACUGCAUCUUCUAAUUACAGUGGCAAGAGAUCCCAGCACAGCCCUGUAAACCAUCAUAUCCCAGCUGGAGUGCAGGUCACUGUUGCAUCUGAUCAGAACAAAGCCAGGCUGCCCAUCUUUGGUCAAAGAGCGGAUAUUGGAAGUCGGGCUGAGAGCAGAGUGAGUGAUGGCAGCAGCAGAUCCAGUUCUUUUUCACGGCCUGGAACACAGCUCAGGAUAGAAGUGGAUGAACUGGAACAUAUUUUCCGGGAGAAGAUGAGAUCUGGAGGAUAUUUCAGUCUGAGGCAGCUGUUUAAAAACAAUGAUCCAGAGGGCAAAGGGCAAGUCAACAGGGAUGUGCUGCUCAUGAUGCUGACAAAAUUCCUUGGCAGGUUUAUAAGUGCAAAGCAGUAUCAACAAUUUCUUUUGAGGCUGAAUCUCCAUGAAAAGACAAUUAUAAAAUUUGAAGAGCUGUAUGCUGCUUUAAGAGAUCCUGUGCCUUCAGGGCGCCCCACCUGGCUGGAUCCUAUCAACAGGAGAGCAGAAGAAAAACCCUUGAUGACUGCAUCACAGGUGCAUGCUAUGCUCAAAGACAAGACAAAGCAAAGGUCUCUGGAUCUUGCCGAGUUAAUAUCAGAGAAGAGUCAGGGUGGAGCUGUUAGAAUUUUACCUCCUGAGUUCAGACUCAUGUUGGAGCAGCUUGGCUUUUACUUGGAGGAUGAGGAGUUUGAGAAACUGUGGAAAAGGUAUGAUGUGGAUGGAACAGGAGUACUCAAAGGAGAUUGUAUUCUGAAGAAACUAAGCAAUGAGAUGAGCAACCAAGUUUCAAAGAAUGUUUCCAUUAAAGGACAAUCAAGAGAAAUGUCCAAGGCAGAAUGGGAAAGGAAAGCCUCACUCAGCAUUGAGAAAUGGUUGAAAGAUAAAUUCAGGGAAGGCUUUCGGAGCAUGAAAGAAGAAUUUGAAAAGCAUGAUCCACAAAGAACUGGCAAGGUUAAUAAAAGUGAUUUUCUCUCAGUUUUGGAGACAUUUGAAUUAACACUGAAAGAUGAGCAUUUCAACCUUUUCUUAGCAAGAUGUGGCCUAGAGAAUAGACCUUCUGGCAUUAGUUAUGUGGACCUCUUAACAAGUUUCCAAGACCGUUCUGAAAAAGGCAUCACACACAAGAUACUCUCUGACCCUAACCACAGAUUUCAUAGGGAAGGUGGUAUUAGUCCGUUAUCUACAAUGACUGCAGUAGAAGCCAAAUUAACGAACCUCUUUCAAGCUGAUUUCUUGGCGCUGCUUGCGACAUUCGAGAAAAUUGAUAAGUUCAACAGAAAUGUUGUCAGUCAGCAAGAAUUCCGAGCAGCUAUUGAGAGCAGGUUUGGUGUGGAGAUUACAGAUGAAGAAUUUGAACAGUUACUUGACAGAAUUCCCCUCGAUGAAGAUGGAAAUGUCAGAUAUCCUCAUUUCAUGGCUAUGUUCGAUUCAAGGAGAGGAGUGCCAAGUCUUUUUGAUGAAAAGUCCACCAUUUUCUCAGUGUCUGACGUGGCUGAUAAGAAGGAACCUGGAUCUGGGAGGACUCCCGAGCAAUUGUUCAAAAUAAUAAAAGGCCUCCUUCAUAAAAACUAUGCAGCGGUGGAGAAAGAAUUUGAAGAUUUGGAUGAAAUGAACUCACGACGUCUCACUCAGGAAAAUAUGUAUUUACUUUUAAAGAGGUUUGAUAUCCAGCCUGCUGUCACUCGGGGAGAAAUCCGUAAGCUUUGGAAAACAUUCAUCACCAAUCAGGACAAAACCCUGGAUUUCCUGGAGUUUGUGAGGCAUUUUGGUUAUUCACCCAAAUCCGCCUGCUACCCCAAUGCAAAAGUUAGCCCCCCAAAGAAAGGAGACGGGGAUUUCAAGAUUCGCUCUAAGAAGCUUAACUGUGAUUCUGACAUACUUAUAGAUAGCGUUCGGGCCAAGGUGGAGUACCUGUGGGAUGACUUGCAGAGAGAAUUUGUAGACCUUGAUCCAUACCGCACAGGAUUUGUCAGUAAAGAAGAAUUUAAGGAUAUUCUAACUGAGCUGUGUAUACAUCUGAAUGAAUACGAGCGUGAGAUGUUGGCAAAAAAAUUUGAAUCCAAUGCGGAUGGACGGGUGUCUUAUACUGAAUUCCUGAAACCUUUCAUAACAAGACGACAAGUAUGGAAGACAAAAACCAACAUGGAGGCUGUUAUGCAGAGCUCCCGGGAAGAUGCAAAUCCUUCCGAAACUUAUCCUGCUGGACUAGAGUCUCUGACAUCCAGGAUGAAGGAAAAGGACCGGACCCUCUCCAAACGGCUCCCAUAUCGGUUCGACAAUUUAGACACCCACCUGCGGCAUUUCCCUGAAUCUGCAGACAUGAAGGAGCAAAGAACACAAAAGCGCCCUAUCAGAGUGGCGCUUCAGCUAUCCUCACCCAGUUCUUGCAAACUUCUCGCUCCACACACAUGGCGCGUCUCCGGCUAACCCCGAGUUACACAGCGAGCGUCAGGGCCCGACAAUAUGGCAAACCCCGAGGCGCUCCCCAUUGCGGGGCCGAAGAUCACUUGCUCACCGCCAGUAUGGAUAAUUGGUAGUCACUUGUGCAGGGAAGAUUCUCCGCCGGUGUGGAUAAUGGGUAAUCACUUGUGUAGGGAGGGUUCUCCACCAUGUGGAUCAGGGGAAGUCACUUGUGCAGGGAAGGUGCUCCGCCGAUGUGAAUAAUAGGUAAACACUUGUGGAGGGAGGGUUCCAUUUACCGCUACCCAGCAGAUGUAUGCGACCAGCCAAUUUUCUCCCAAUCAUGGAUGGCUCUGCGGCGUAUAGUGAAGCUUUUCAUCGGCAAUCUUUAUUGAGCACAAUCUGGCUCAAUCAUACAGUAGACCAUGGAUGUUGAUCACGGGAAUGGCAAUAACAUCGUUUCAUGUUGCUUUUCUCAUCGUUAGAUAUGAUAUAUGCUCACCGUCCUUACUAACAUAGAGAUAAACUUGUAACACGGGUGCAAGGCUUAAAUUUUUUCACAAACAGCACCAUAGAAAGCCAGCACUCUCGAAUAAAAAGUUCAUAUGCCUGGGUGCA